GUCGUGAUAUAGAAAGAAAAGCUUUGUGUAAUGUAGCAGCCAAGGUAGUCGUUAAGCUUGCAGCUAAAUUUAAGAAUACUGUCUAUUUGUUGUUUAUCUCUUCCCCCUAUGUAGGUUGUCUUGGGGACACACAGUUUUGUUUUAGAUUUCGACGGUCUCCUGGGAGGAAAGUUUCGUUGUGUUGUUUUCUGGACCAAUUGGAUAGAGAUCUACCAGUUUACCUAAAGAAAGAUCCAGCAUAUUACUAUGGCUAUGUGUAUUUCAGACAAGUUCGAGACAAAUCGUUAAAAAGAGGCUACUUCCAGAAGUCGCUGGUCCUCAUCAGCAAACUACCUUAUGUCCAUCUUUUUCGCACCGUACUUAAGCAAAUAGCACCAGAAUACUUUGAAAAAAGUGAAGCUUUCCUGGAAGCAGUUUGUAGUGAUGUUGAUCGUUGGCCACCACCAAUUCCAGGGAAAAUACUGCAUUUGCCUAUUAUGGGUAUUAUAAUGAAGUUGCGGAUUCCAACGUAUCGUGACAAGCCUGGAACAAUGCCAGUAGUACAGAAUAUGCACCAGGCAGAUGCUCAGAUCUCUAUGGCUUUACCGACUGUUCAUGAAGUAGAUCUUUUCAGGUGUUUCUGUCCAGUGUUCUUUCACAUUCAGAUGCUUUGGGAGCUAGUGCUGCUAGGAGAACCACUUGUUGUGAUGGCACCUUCGCCAUCAGAAUCUUCAGAAACAGUGUUGGCACUUGUUAGUUGUAUUUCACCGCUGAAGUACUGCAGUGAUUUCAGGCCAUACUUUACCAUACAUGACAGUGAAUUCAAAGAAUAUACAACUCGCACACAAGCUCCCCCAUCGGUCAUUCUUGGGGUGACGAAUCCUUUCUUUGCUAAAACACUUCAGCACUGGCCUCACAUUAUCCGAAUUGGAGAUAUUAAACUUCCAGGUGAAGUUCCAAAGCAGGUGAAAGUGAAAAAACUGAAGAACCUAAAAACUUUGGACUCCAAACCUGGUGUUUAUACCUCUUACAAGCCAUACUUGAACAAAGAUGAAGAAAUCGUUAAACAGUUACAAAAGGGUGUACAACAGAAACGUCCUACAGAAGCACAGAGUGUGAUUCUUCGGCGGUACUUUUUGGAAUUGACAGAAAGUUUCAUUAUUCCAUUAGAACGUUAUGUGGCAAGUCUAAUGCCUUUGCAAAAAUGCAUAUCACCAUGGAAGAGUCCACCACAGCUGAGGCAGUUUAGCCAAGACGACUUCAUGAAGACUCUGGAAAAAGCAGGCCCACAGCUCACAUCAGGUUUAAAAGGAGACUGGAUAGGACUUUACAGGCAUUUUUUGAAAUCGCCCAACUUCGAUGGUUGGUUUAGGAGCAGGCAGAAAGAAAUGACACAGAAGUUGGAGGCCCUUCAUUUGGAAGCGCUCUGUAAUGAGAACUUGGUUUUCUGGAGCCAGAAGCAUACUGAAGUAGAAACAGUGGAUCUUGUCUUAAAGUUAAAGAAUAAACUGUUGCAGGCUGACAGAGAACAGCUUCCUGUGAAAGCUGACACACUGAAGAAGCUGCAGAUACACAUCCAUGAUAUUAUACUGGCGCUUCCAGAUGACUUACAGGACAUCCUGCUCAAAACUGGCACGACAUGA